AAGAGUAAUAUAAGCAUACAGAGUCAAGUAUAAACAAAAUAUGAAUACAAUACUUUCUGCCAGCUGUAUAGUAGAAAGUUAGAAUAAAAAUAAUAAAUUUAGAUGUUCUUUUAUUUUAUAUUGUAAUAAAAUUAAAAGUAUGAAUCCAUCUAAUAAGCGUAUGAAUAAUAUGAAUGAUAAUCAAAACGUUAAGCGUGUUAAAAAAGAAUGUACUUACGGAGAAAAAUGCUAUAGAUUAAAUCCUGCACAUUUCAGGGAAUUUAGUCAUCCACAUUUGGAGUCAAUAUUGGAUAACUAUAAAGGUCCCGGAGACUAUGAUAUACCAGAAAAAUACAGUUUACAAAAGAAUAUGUUUGUUGAUCAAUUGAAUAUAAUUGUUGAGAAGAACCUAUAUGAGCCUAAGUCUAAAAUUAAUGAGGGUGUCACAAAUUUGAAAACAACAAAUCAAUCGGAAUCCAGUAAAAAUAAUGACAACUCAACGAGUCAGACACACACAAAAACUUCACAGAUAGACUCCGAUAAAAGUUUAAAAGAGACUAAAACGGAAAAAUUACAUUUAAAUAUGAAGAUAAACACAAGAGCUGAGGAGAACGUGUCACAGGAUAGAAGUAAACAUGAUAAUACUUCUAGCAGUAGUAGUUCUAAGACUGAUAAUUGUGUGUUGAAGGGAGAAAAAGUCAGAGAUUCAGACUACCGUCCAAUAGUGCCUCCAAAGAAGAGAGCGGAGGAUUUCUUAAAAGUGGUACUACCACGUGGUAACAUGGCAGCCAAGCAUGCAGCUUCCGCUCCCUACCACGUCUUCUACACCACCAUCACUGAUGCGCCCCAUACCCACCACCAGCCCUACUCCAUCACAUUCCAGGAGAUCCUCGACAGCAGUCUGGGCGAAUUGAAAUGUUCGCUACAGAUAAAUUUUAUGGUGGAAAUCAGCUGGCUACUGGCGCAGUACUACUUCGCAGGGUACAGCGCGAAAAAGUUGACAAUAUUGUACGGCGAUGACUGUUCGGAUAUGAAAGAUAUUAAUAAGAAGAAACCGAACGUCGAUGCGCAUUACGUUAACAUGGCAACACCGUUUGGAAAACAUCAUACUAAAAUGAUGAUACUAUGCUACGAAGAUGGUUCGAUGAGGGUAGUUGUAUCAACAGCUAAUUUAUACAUUGACGACUGGGAGAACAGGACUCAGGGUCUAUGGUUCAGCCCCCGUUGUCCAGAACUCCCCGCAGACGCGAUGCCCCAUGACGGUGAAUCCCCGACUAUGUUCAAAAAGAGCCUAUUACGCUACCUCGGUCACUACCACCUACCGCAACUAGUUUACUACCUAGAUAGGGUCAAGAGAUGCGACUUCAGCCAUAUCAAUGUAUUUCUCGUCUCAUCUGCCCCUGGGUCACAUUUCGACCAAGAUUGGGGCAUGAAUCGCGUGGGGACACUUCUGAGGCAACAUUGUGAGAUACCGGCUUCUGAAAACCGUUUGUGGCCGCUUCUAGCCCAAGCCAGUAGUUUGGGAAGCUAUGGCAAUGAUCCUAAGCUAUGGUUGACCGGCGACUUUCUUCACAGUUUUACAAAAAUAAAGAAUCAGCCGCAGAUGUUGUCACAACCGCCGCCUUUGAAGAUUAUCUAUCCGUCGUUAGAGAACGUGAAACAAUCUCACGAUGACUUAUUGGGGGGAGGCUGCCUGCCUUACGCGGCCGAGGCUCACAGGAAACAACCCUGGCUGAAUGAUUUCUUGCACCAAUGGCUAGCAACGCACACAGGCCGUAAUAAAGCAAUGCCGCACAUAAAGUCCUACACUCGAAUAUCGCCGGACAACAAGAGGGCGGCGUUCUACCUUCUGACAUCGGGCAACAUCAGCAAGGCGGCCUGGGGCUCCCUCAACAAGGGCAACAGAGCCCUGCGGAUCAUGAGCUACGAGUGUGGGGUCCUAUUGCUGCCGAGGUUUGUGAUAAACGAAGAUUCCUUCCCUCUGCAGGAGGGCGCUAAGAACCGUCUGAUAAUACCGUACGAUAUACCUCCGAUUAAAUAUACCGGGAGCAUGUCGCCCUGGGUGUCUGAUUAUUUGUAUUGAUGUUAUGUUAUUAUGUUAAUAAAUUUGUUUUAAUUAU